AUGGCGUCCUUCCUCGAAAAUGCAUACAGUCUGGUCCAUCAAGACAAUGUUGCCGACCAGCCCACUCUGCAGGAGCUGAAACUGCAGUUGGAGAAGGGCAAUGAUGAGACCAAGAUGGAGACCAUGCGGUCGAUUGUUACGAUCAUGCUUAACGGCGACCCCAUGCCCCAACUCCUGAUGCACAUCAUUCGCUUUGUGAUGCCGUCCAAGAGCAAGUCACUGAAGAAGCUGCUGUAUUUCUACUACGAAAUCUGCCCGAAGCAUGACUCGAGUGGCAAGCUGAAGCAAGAAAUGAUUCUGGUCUGUAACGGCAUCCGAAAUGACCUUCAACAUCCCAAUGAAUACGUUCGAGGCAACACCCUUCGUUUCCUGAGCAAGCUCCGCGAACCUGAACUCAUUGAGCCGCUCCUGUCCUCGGCGCGGGGAUGUCUGGACCACCGCCACGCCUACGUGCGCAAGAAUGCGGUUUGGGCCGUGGCAUCUAUCUUUCAGCACUCCGAGUCCCUCAUUCCCGACGCACCCGAACUCCUGCAGACUUUCCUUGAGUCGGAGACCGAUGGCACCUGCAAGCGCAAUGCCUUCGCCGCGCUUAUGUCCAUCAGCCACCAGAAGGCGCUGGAGUACCUGCGCGCUACUUUUGACACAAUUCCCAACACGGAUGAACUCCUCCAGCUUGCGGAGCUGGAGUUCCUGCGCAAAGAUGCCGUGCAGAACACUUCGAACAAGUCGCGGUAUCUUAAACUCAUGCUUGAACUCCUCGACGCCCCAACCAGCACUGUGGUCUACGAAGCUGCCACCUCCCUCACUGCCCUCACGAGCAACCCGGCCAUCGUCAAGGCCGCCGCGAGCAAGUUGAUCGAGCUCGCCAUCCGGGAAGCCGACAACAACGUUAAGCUGAUCGUGUUGGACCGUGUGGACCAGCUGCGUAUUCGUAAUGAGGGAGUACUGGAUGAUCUGACCAUGGAAAUUCUACGUGUCCUUACCAGCCCCGACAUUGAUGUGCGGCGCAAGGCCCUCGGUAUUGCAUUGGAAAUGGUCUCGAGCAAGAACGUUGAGGAAAUUGUCAUGCUGCUUAAGAAGGAGCUUGCCAAGACCGUGGACGAGCAAUAUGAACAGAACAGCGAAUACCGUCAGCUGUUGGUCCAGUCAAUACACAACUGUGCCAUCAAGUUCUCCGAGAUUGCUGCCAGUGUGGUUGAUCUGCUGAUGGAUUUCAUUGCCGACUUUAACAACAACUCCGCCGUGGAUGUGAUCUCGUUUGUCAAGGAGGUUGUGGAGAAGUUCCCUGACCUGCGUGCGUCAAUUGUUGAUCGAUUGGUCUCGACUCUGAGCGAGGUUCGGGCUGGUAAGGUCUAUCGCGGUGUCCUCUGGGUUGUUGGCGAAUAUUCCUUGGAAGAGAAGGAUAUCCGGGAAGCCUGGAAGAAGAUCCGCGCCAGCCUGGGCGAGAUUCCCAUCCUGGCAUCGGAACAACGACUGCUCGACGAGGUUCCAGACGACAGUACACUCCUUCAGGAGCAAGCCAACGGUCAAGCUAAGGCGGCCCCUACCGGGUCCCGAAAGGUGCUGGCUGACGGCACGUAUGCGUCGGAGAGCGCCCUCACCAGCCAAUCUGCCGCGGCUGCUCGCCUCGAAGCAGUCAAGGCCGCACAGAAGCCGCCCCUGCGUCAACUGAUCUUGGACGGUGACUACUACCUGGGCACUGUGCUCUCGUCAACUCUGACCAAGCUCGUGAUGCGUCAUUCCGAGGUCUCGCAAGAUACCGCCCGCACUAAUGCUCUCCGUGCCGAGGCCAUGCUCAUCAUGAUCUCAAUCAUGCGGGUUGGCCAAUCGCACUUUGUCAAGGCCCCGAUUGACGAGGAUUCUGUUGACCGUAUCAUGUGCUGCGUGCGCUCCCUGGCUGAGUUCUCCGAAAAGAAGGAGCUUGAGACAACUUUCCUGGAGGAUACUCGCAAGGCAUUCCGCGCCAUGGUCCAGGUUGAGGACAAGAAGCGGGCCGCAAAGGAAGCCGUGGAGAAAGCGAAGAGCGCCGUGCAAAUCGACGAUGCCAUUCCCAUCCGGCAAUUGUCUAAGAAGAACACCGUGGAGGGCGCCGAAGAAAUUGAACUGGACCUUGCCAAAGCCACUGGCGGUGACACGGUCGUGGAGAACGUCUCCUCGAAACUGAGCCGGGUGGUCCAACUGACCGGAUUCUCUGACCCUGUCUACGCAGAGGCCUACGUCACCGUCCACCAGUUUGACAUUGUGCUGGAUGUGCUCCUGGUCAACCAGACCACCGAGACCCUGCAGAACCUGUCCGUGGAGUUCGCCACCCUCGGGGACCUCAAGGUUGUCGAGCGGCCGUCCACUCACAACUUGGGCCCACGAGACUUCCUCAAUGUCCAGGCGACCGUGAAAGUGUCAUCGACCGACACCGGUGUCAUCUUCGGCAACAUCAUCUACGAUGGGGCCAGCUCCACCGAAACCCACGUUGUCAUCCUCAACGACAUUCAUGCCGACAUCAUGGACUACAUCCAGCCUGCGCAAUGCACCGAGACCCAGUUCCGGACCAUGUGGACUGAGUUCGAGUGGGAGAACAAGGUCAACAUCAACUCCAAGGCCAAGACUCUACGUGAUUUCCUCAAGCAAUUGAUGGAGAGCACCAACAUGGCAUGCCUGACGCCCGAGGCCUCGCUCAAGGGUGAUUGCCGGUUCCUGAGCGCCAACCUGUACGCCCGCAGUGUGUUCGGCGAGGAUGCGCUGGCGAACCUGAGCAUCGAAAAAGAAGGAGAUGAUGGGCCGAUCACCGGCUUUGUGCGGAUAAGAAGUCGCUCCCAGGGCCUGGCGCUGAGCCUGGGAUCCCUGAAGGGACUCAAGGCGGCAGCUACAUGA